AAGAAGAAAUACAGGUUCCUUUACAUAGCAUAGGAAUUUCCAGCUUGUGCAAAUCAGCUCCGAGAUUGAAAGAAGUGAGAUAUAUAAAGCUGGAAAUGUCUGUGUAUUUUAUCAGAUGGUACCUUUCAGAAUGCAGUAGGAUUGUCCAGCUCUGGAGAAACCUUUAAAUAUCCUGGAAUAUGGUGGAAGCAGUACUGAUAGAUCUGUUCAGCCUCGCACCUGACUUGCAGAACAACACUCAAGGAUUACUACACAACACUCUGGAAGCUAUUGAGAAAUGCUCUUCCAUCCAUGCUCCAUUUGUUUAUGUCAUGUGUUGCCAGAGGCAGGGGAGUGAAAGGAAAGGUGAACAAGAGUUCUUGCUUCCAGCUCUGAGAGGUUUUCGGAGUCUGAAGAGAAGACUGGAGGUGGUAUGUGCUCAGACUACAGCUGCUGCUUUGUACACCGUCAAACAGAGACUGGAUGAAAAAGACCUGAGCAUCAUUAAAGUUAUUCUCCCUACCUUAAGAAAAGACUUAAUGAAAAUAUAUAUAGACCAUCUCUUUACAGCAGUCUAUCAGUUUGAAUUCGAGGAUUUACAGGUGGUACCUGACAGUGAAAGCCUGCAGAUAUCAGAACAUCAGCAUGAAGGGCACACGCUUCCUUCACAGGACAGGGAACUCAUCCAAAGUGAGAUUCAGAUGUACUUGGAAAGCCUGCCAAGCUUGAAAGGGGAGCUCACCAUCCUCAGAUCUUCCCUGAUCCCAGAUGAUAUUUUUUUACAUGGGUUCACCACAAGGACAGGUGGGAUCUCCUACAUACCAUCUCUAAGCUCCUGCAAUCUCUUCAGCAGCUCCAAGCGGAGGGACCCACAAGUUGUUGUUAAAGAAAAUCUCCGCCGACUAGCUAACGCUGCAGGAUUUAACCCAGAGGCUUUUCACAGAGUCAAGGUAGAUCACGCUAAUGCUGUGUGUAUUAUGGGAAAGACAGAGCCUGACAACUAUGAUGGAAUAGUUACGAAUCAGAAGGGUGUCACGCUGGCAGCUCCAGGUGCUGACUGCAUACCCGUGCUCUUUGCUGAUCCUGUCAGAAGAGCCUGUGGUGCUGCUCAUUCUGGAUGGAAGGGCACAUUGUUAGGAGUGUCUAUGGCCACAGUGAAUGCUAUGGUUUCUGAAUAUGGCUGUAACGUGAAAGAUAUUCUUGUGGUGCUGGGCCCAUCUGUGGGACCUUGCUGCUAUAAACUUCCUCAUGAAUCAGCAAAAGAAUUUCACAGAAUUGAUCCAAAUUGUGUGAGACUAUUUGACUCUGCAAGUCCUUAUAUUGAUAUCAGAAGAGCAACAAGGAUUCUUCUUGAGAGAGGUGGGAUUCUUCCCGAGAACAUCCAAGAUGAUUCUAUCACAGACCAGAACCAAAACAUCACUUUCUGUACUGCAUGCCACCCUGAUAAAUUUUACUCUCACUUUCGUGAUGGCACUAACUUUGGGACACAGAUUGGCUUCAUAUCAAUCAAAGACUGAAACAGUAUCUCUUACUCUAGAACAGCAUUCAGAUAAUAAGUCUGCUGCAUCGUCUGGCAUCCUGCUCUCCUCCUUUCUUUUUUUUCCUCCUUUCUUUCACAGAUUUGUAGUAGGGAAUCCUUGGGAUUCUCCUGCUUGUUCCUUCCCUUGCCCUUCUGAGGCAAGAAUAAGUACCUGUGGUAUGGGGACAACAGUUCUUGUAUGAGACAGGGUGCAAAGGAAACAAGGACAAACCACACCAGUGGAAAAAUCCUUCUACAAGAUCCAGAUACAAGCUUGAAGUUUAUGGAUCCUCCUUGACCAAAUAUUUUCCAGAAACCUCACUAUCUUAAGUUGGGGGAAGCCCAAAAAACACCAGUCUUCAUUAGCUUCUGGUUGAGACUGCUGAAUGACACUGAGUAUGACAUUGCUAAUACAGGAAGGGAAACCAGUAUUGCAUGUUACCUGUUUGAGACACUCAAGUUUGAUAGUUUCAGCUGAAGCCUUACAAAAUUUUGUGCAUGGGAUUAAUUUUUUUCUUUGGAUUAGUUUAAAGAACUCCAAAAUAAUUACAGGAAUUUUCCUAUGGAAAAUAACUUGAAGGUAAGAAGCAAGCAGGCUCCUUUGGGGCAGAUAUUGAAAAUAUAUGAACUCUCACCAUUCUGUAAUUUUUGGCUGUAGGAAGUGUAGGACUAAACCCCUUAAUUUAUGAUGUGUAUGUUCACAUCUCUUAGGAUUUUUUUUUUUAAAUAGUGGUGCUUUGAUAAUGUCAUUGACACACUCUCAACAAUGCUGUGUUAUCCAAUAAAUAUCUAAAAAGUUCCAUGAAUUUAUCCUGAGUUAAUUUUACAGACCAAUAGUUGGUCUGUAAACUUACGUGUCUUACUAAGCAAAUUCUAAGUGUGCAGUGUUUUCUUUUGGCCAAUCAAAAUAAUGCCUCUAGAUUUUACAAUAGACAUGACGUUUUCUGACACGCAGACAGUGAGAGAUUGCUAACAGUAAAGCUGUGCUGACUGCGGCUUGCAGAGCUGCCAAGCACAAGCCUUGGGCCAGCGGUGCCUGACGUACUUUCUAUUUUGGGUUCUGCGAGCUUUUCCCGGUCUGACUGCUCUGCCCGCUAGAGGUCAGUGCUGGCUUGCGCUGCUCU